UUGUCACUAUGUUGUCAAACGUUAUGUAUAUAGUGUGUGCACUAUUGCACUAACACUAGGAGCUCGAUUUCGGAGUCGUCUGUUGUGUCGUAUCGUGGCUGCCGCUCCCGCGUUUCCCCUCCGGGGUGCUUUCGAUUUUUUCAGCUGAUGCUUUUUAAAGCUGUACUUAAAUAUAGUGAACAAGAGCAUUAGGAAAAUAACAGAGUAAGAGAGGAUAUAGCAGAUAUACUAAGUCUUGAAAAAUUUGAGACUGCCUCUCUUCCACCACGUCCCUUCAAAAGUGAUUCACUUUUACCCACCACGAGUUUCUGUGUGUUGCGUGUUCUCUCGUCAUCUCAUCUCUGCAGCAUCAGCAGGAGACAGUGAUUGGGUUUUUCUCUCUUUCUUCCUUUUCUAUUUUGAGCAAAAAGAGCGGCUCUUUUUUUUUUUAUUGGGAUCACAGUGUGUGCGGUGCCGUAAGACUUUUUAGGGAGACGAUGAUGAUGGAUGAUCAUCGGUGUCAAGGACUCGGCAGCUUUUGUUGCUUCAUUGUUGCUGUCGCUGGACAGUAAUCAUCAGAAUCAUGGAUGAAUGUAUGCUCAAUGAUCUAUUAGAGUGCUCGGUGUGUCUUGAGAGGCUAGACACAUCGAGUAAAGUACUGCCGUGUCAGCAUACUUUUUGUAAAAAGUGCCUCGAUGAAAUAGUGAGCACACAUAGGGAGUUGCGUUGUCCUGAGUGUAGAAUCCUUGUCAAUGCCAAGAUAGAAGAUCUACCACCUAAUGUGUUACUCAUGAGGAUUUUAGAGGGUAUGAGAAAUGUCACCCCAAAAGGUAACAAGACCAUCAGUACACCACAGAGAUUAGUGGGUGGCCAUCAAGUAAUUCCUACAAGUCUCACAGUGACUCCAAGUUCCCAAGUUGCAGUUGCCACACCUGAAUCUGCACAAGUUAAUGCUGCUAAACAAGUUCAUUUGCAAAGUAGACCUUAUGGCCAUGCCAUUUAUGAUUAUGUUUCUAAAGUUCCAGGAGAUUUGAGCUUUAGAAAAGGAGAUAUUAUUAUUUUAAGGAAAAAAAUUGAUAACAAUUGGUACUUUGGAGAAUGUGGCACAAGUCAUGGUGUUUUUCCUUUAUCAUACGUUCAGGUGAUGACUCCCAUACCUCCACAUGUUCCUCAGUGUAAAGCUCUCUAUGACUUCAGAAUGUCAAACGACGAAGAAGAUGGCUGUCUUACUUUUAACAAGGGAGAAAUAAUCAGCGUAAUUCGAAGAAUCGACGAGAAUUGGGCUGAGGGUAAACUUCUUGACAGAAUAGGAAUUUUUCCCUUAGCUUUUGUGGAGCUAAACAGCGUUGCUAGAGCAUUAAUGAAACUCUCGACAAAUGCUCAACCGGGACCGUCUAGAGUCGCACCACCUACACCAACGAACGAAGAGACCACACCGCUUAUACCCACAGAUCAUUCACGCACAAUUCAGGCGUCGAGUCAGCCUAGGCAACAAACUACACUGCCGACCUCAGAAUCAGGUCCGAAUGUCUCGUCGGGCAGUAGCUCGACAACAACUUCGUCGCCCGUGAUGACGAGCCCAAGCUCGAGUAGUUCAAGCACUUCUCCAAGCAGUCCAAGUAGUCCGGCAAUGUCGCCACCCACGGCCCCAUCGAUGCAACACUCCAACAAUCGACACAGUGCAAAGAGGCAUAGUUUCACAGCAAUCAACAAUCAGCAGCAGCAACCACCCCAGCAUCGUCACAGCGCUGAAAUUUUGAGUGUAGCGGUAGACGCUGCUCUCCACAAUCCAGAUGAGAUCUCUGCUUCAGCUAGUGCUACUGCUGGUGCAGCAAAUGACGAUUCUGCGAUAACAAGUAGCCAGACGAGUACAAGCAGUGAGCCGACUCCUCGGCAUAGACGCAGUGGUAGCAGUGAUCUGGUGAUCUCUCAGUCAUCUCAGAUGACGAGUAGUGCGCCUUCAACAACUGCCUCAUCAAGCGGAGCCUCGGGUAGCAACAACAGCAAUUUACCUGCGGCCUAUAUCGCGAUUUAUCCUUAUAGGCCGCAAAAAGUUGAUGAAUUGGAAUUAAGGAAAGGUGGUAUUUACAUGGUAACGGAAAGGUGUCAAGAUGGUUGGUUUAAAGGUACGGCCAAUCGCACUCAAAAAUGCGGCGUUUUUCCCGGCAACUACGUGGCGCCUGCUAAGACAUGCCAACGAACAGUGUGCCGAUCGCCGAGCACUAUACCUAAUCCAGUAACUGCAGGGGCGAGUAAUAAUGCAUCGAGCAGCGGAUCAUCUGAUAAUAGAGCAAUGACAGCUACUGUUACAUACACUAAACCUACAGCUGCUAACAAAGGUCCAGCGCCACAACCACACAAGCUUCCCCCACCAGAAUUGCCACCUCGAGCUUUGAGUCCCGCGUCGGUCGGAGCUUCAGCUUGGCAGCCCCAGCCGAGACAACUCAGUCAAAAUCAAAGUCCGCCUAGAUUAGCCCAAGAUCAAAGCAUACCGAUCUCCUCGAUAAGUCGGAGCCAAAGUGCAGUUAUGCCUACCGCUUACGCUUCACCGCAUAAGCACCCGCCGCUCGCAUUCAUGUCGAAUUUUGAGAACAGUAGUCGCACAUCAAGUGCCACUACUGAUGCCAGUAAAAGUCCUAGUAAUGCACAUUUAUUGGCUUCAUCGAGCGGAUCUGCGUCAGCUGCAACGCCAAAGUCUUCGGAAAAGGUCAAAGAAAAAAAAGAAAAAGGUGUAUCAUUAAUGCGCCGUUUUACAAUCAUUAAAAAAUCGAAAUCUCCUCCACCAUCAACUUACUCAAUGGAUAACCCAGUAUUUGACGACGGCAACACAAGUCAAUCACCAUCGAUUAAUCAUGUUAGAUCAGGAUCGUGUCCGAGUCAGUUGCUGCAAGGAGCGAAUGCUCCUGUAACCAAUGCAGCAGGACAUCAACGUGCGUAUCCGUCUCAACGAGUUAAGCACAAAGAGAGACCAUCUUUACCCGUGAGUUUCAUCCAAAGGACCGCUGAAUCUGGUGGCACGGGCACGUUGAGCAAUCACCACCGUAAAAGUAAUUCACUGGACGCAGGAACUGGCAAACACGUAAAGCAACAAUCGUUAACGAGGGAUCGAGAGCGAGUCUAUCGAUUUCGUUGUAUCGUACCCUACCCACCAAACAGCGAAUUCGAGCUUGAAUUACGAGUCGGUGAUAUAAUUUACGUACACAAGAAACGGGACGACGGCUGGUACAAAGGAACGCAACAGCGUACCGGACGCACCGGGCUCUUCCCGGCCAGCUUCGUCGAGGCCUUCUGAGACCCAGCUUUACUCCUGGAAACUUGCAUCUAAACAAAGAACUCAUGAGGAGCCGCUUCAUCCGUGCUGUACAUACAUACAAGGCUAACAAUCAUCUGCGGUUUUUUUGUUUAUUUCUCAUGAGGAUGAUAUUCUAUGAAAUUUGGUUUUCAUGGUUGUUGUUAAUUGAAAAGUAUUACAAUUGUUUGAGUAAUUUUUAUUUAGCAUAGUAAAAGAUGGUUGAAUAUUUUGUAGAAAUUCAUCCUUUUUGCGAUGCAACAUUUUCUUAACAAUGAAUUGAAACGAUCGAAUGUGAUUUACAAGUCACAAGCUCAAAGGUUAGUAAAUAAGUUUGACUCUACUUUUUAUUACUUAUUCAAACGAAAAAGAGAUUUAUGAAAAUUGCACUUAUCAAACAAUUUUUGGCGCAAUGGAUGUAUUAAAAAUCUGGUAUAGUUUCUUAAAAAAUCUUGGACGUAAGUACGUGAUAAGAAGGAAAGUCGCCGAUCAAGUACGUCAUCAGUUGCAACUAAUGUGCGUAUGUUUAGAACUUAAUGUUAGGAGAGGACAGAGGCGUGGCACCCCUAUAAUUAGCUUUCUGUACAAAACGCGUAGUCGAUAGAUGAACCAACGUGACAGUAACAGCGAAAUUUCAACAAAGUAUUUACAAUUUGUCAUGAUGCAACAGAAUUUGACAUUUGUUGAUGAUUCUGGGUAAACUUAAUAAGUUCCUGUUUUUUUUUUUGUUUUCUUUAAUAAAACUGCUAAUUUUUAUUUUUGUACAUAAACCAAUACCAGUGAUUUAUUUUUAUACAUGCAUACCACUCUUACGUAAUAAGCUUAAUUUAAAAGUAAUUUUCAUGCUUAUUGAGCUUGUCAAUGAUCAUUAACCAUUUCUGGUUGUUUUCUGGUUCCUUUUAUUUUUAGUACGAGCUUUAACGCCGAAUUGAUUUUUUUUUUUUUUUCGUCCAAGGUCAAAAAGUUGUUUUACAACGGCAGUAAAAUUCAUAAUUGUCCUUUACUUAUUUCAUCAAAAAACCACCCCUCUUGAACAAAAAUUCUUAUUCAAAGAUCUUUGUCACACCUCUAAAAACUGCUCUAGGAAUGGAAAAAAAUAACCGGUUCAAACCAAUCGAAGGAACUAUUGGGUGCAAAAGUGUAUCUAUAUUGUGUUUUAUACAAAGUGGCUAUCGCCAUUUAUGCUACUAACAUAUUUUUACGAGAUGCCAUUUUGAUUUUAAACGCAUCAGCUUUAGUGACACAAUAGUUUUGAGAAUAACAUUGCAAUUUCAAUUAACAGCUACAAUAGCAAGCCACGAAACAUACUCUUACUCGUCAGUGUCAUCCCUUUCUUAGUGCUUUUAGAGAAUAAUCAUUUAAUUGUUAUAAUAAUGAUAGAUUUUUCCAAAUUAUUUGGUGGUACCAGGUGUUUCAAAGCUCCUUUACACACACAGCUCGUUAGAGCCAAAGCAAUUAAAUUAAAAAAAAAAAAAAAAAAAAAAAAAACGAUGUAUGUAUCUACACAACACUUUUUUGUGAAUAAACAAAAAAGCUAUAUACGUUACACGCGCACACAAUGUAUAAUAAAGUAGUAUAGUUCAUAGGAAUCCACUGCUCGAUCUUUGUCGAUUGACGUCGUUAAAUGUUAGGAAAAAUAAAAUUAACGAAUCAACUGCCAUGAAUACGCAUAAAAAAUAUAAUUCAAACAUGACUGGUAAUCGAUUAAGUAGUAAUUUUAAUGCAAUUAUACCGAUUAUACUCGUUGUUGGUAUUUCGUGCAAUGUUUGUAUACUGCCAUUUGUUUAAAAAUGCGGUGUAUUUUUUGAAUUUAUCAAAGAAAUUUGAAACAGUAUUUCUUGAUAGAAGCUACGUUGUUGUGCGAUUGAAUUUUCUUUGCAAACGUAUAAGUAGCUUUUAUUCUUGAAGUAUUUUUUAUUGUUUCUUUUACCAUUAAAUAAUUACGACAAAUAUUCAUUAAGAUUCUUUGCGUUAUGUACGAGCAGCAUCAUCAAAUUACUAUCACGUACACACUGAAAUAGUGUACAUGUACAACUUCUUCCAGUGUUCACUCUCAGUAUUUUUUCCGUGUCUUUUACACGCGUUUUUGCAUAAAACGCGUCAGUGCAAUCAUUUUAUUUUUCGUCCACAAGUUUUGUAACGUACUUGUGAGUACUUGGUUCUGAAAACGAUAUUGUUUAUUCAAAGAAAAAGAAUUAUUUUUUAUUUACAUAAUUAACUAUAAGGAAAUAAUGAAUCUUUUUCCAUUGAUACGUUGAAGGGUUGUCAAAUUUUUUGUAU